CGACUGUCAGAGGACUUCCCCUCCCCCACGUUUCCCCCACGACGCAAACCAGACGAAGCAAAGGAUCGCCCGACCGAUGGCGCCACCGGCAACAAUUCGGUGGUGCGCCCUCGUCUCAGCUCUGAUACUCUCCGUCCUUGUCUCUCCCACGAUCUCCAUUUACUGUGACGAAGACGAUUGCUAUGAUCUAUUAGGAGUUUCUCAAACCGCGAAUGCAUCAGAGAUCAAGAAAGCUUACUACAAACUCUCACUCAAAUACCACCCGGAUAAGAACCCGGAUCCGGAUUCGAGAAAGUUGUUUGUCAAAAUAGCUAAUGCUUAUGAGAUUCUGAAAGAUGAAGCCACAAGGGAGAGGUAUGAUUAUGCGAUUGCACAUCCAGAAGAGGUAUUUUACAACACAGCUCAAUACUAUCGUGCAUAUUAUGCACACAAGACGGAUCCUCGUGCAGUCCUGGUUGGUCUUCUUUUGAUUCUUUCAGCAUUUCAAUAUCUAAAUCAGUGGACAAGGUACAAUCAGGCUGUAGCUAUGGUCAAGAAGACACCUGCUUACAAGAAUAAGUUGAAGGCAUUGGAACUUGAACGCACUGGUGGAAAUACAAGUAAGAAGAAGAAUCACAAGCAGAUUGACAAGAAAGUGGAGGAAGAUCUCAGCAAAGAACUUGAUCUGCAGAUCAAGGGAGCUGAAAAGCCAUCCUUCUGGGCACUAGCUGGUGUCCGUUUCAUUCUCCUGCCUUACACUAUUGGCAAGCUUUUGCUGUGGAGUGGCUGUUGGUUUUGGAGAUAUAAUGUGAAAAAAUUACCAUAUUCCUGGGAAGAUUCCUCAUAUCUGACACGGAGAUCCCUUAAAGUGCCUCCUGAUGCGUGGAUGAGUAUUGAUGAAUCAAGGAAAGAAGACCUUGUUCAGAGACGGCUAUGGGAGAAAUCCAAUCUGGAGAACUACCUGGCAGAAAUGCGAAAAGAAUCAAAGCGCAGAAGAUAGCAGAUUUUCUUGUCUUGCUAUCAAUUGGCCUUUCAAACAGAACAGCACCUAUUUAUGGUAGAAUUUGACCAGUAUACAACCCCAUAAUACUACAAGCAACAUUGAUAUAGUGGAAUCCAUUCUUUUUUUUGUUUUGUUUUUGUUUUUCAUUUUGCUCCCUAAGCAAUUUGGCUGGGAGGAGGGAAGUAGAAAAAGGUACAGUAAUCGAUUCAUGGUUAGUGUUGAGGAGUUGUCAAUUGCUACGAUUAAAUUACCGUUUUGAGUAGUUUGUUUCAGGACUUGGGUUGUAUAAUGUCAGGAUGAUUUUAUAUUCUUUCUAUCAGUAAAUUCAUCAAAUUA